UCAUAGAUAAAGUGGUCAUAAUGUUUACCUUUGCUAUUUAUCUCAACUGAAAAUAAUCAUUUUUUAGCUUGCCAAGCUCAUAAAAGCUUGCUUGUUAUAUUAUUGUUACCUUUUCCUUUUCUGUACACCCUUUUACAUGAUUUAAAAUAGAUUUAGAGUCACCAGGCAUUUAAAUUGACAUAGGUUUAUAACGGAUACCUUUAACACCAAAAUACUCACCCAUAGAUUUCCCAUCAAUAAGGUCUUUGCCAUGUGGUCACCUCAUGUCCUGUAACACAUGCGGGAACAGACAAAAGUCAUGCGUCACGUGUGGCUCAAACGUUAAGGGGACAAUUAGGACGUACAAAGCAUGAAAUGUUCAGCAUUUACAUGUGAUGAUAUGUGUAGACGAAGCAAAUAGGACCGAUAGUGCGUUUACGUAUUUGUAAGCUUCAACGCUUUCAUUUUGUCGGCAUAAUGCCCAUAUCUUACCACUAUCUGCUUCAGACAUAUAGAGCCUUUUUGCAAUUCCAAUUUAUUAUUACGGAUUCGAUAGCUCAAUCUGGCUAAACAAAUUCGUAUAAUACAAAAAUAAAUCGGAUAUGCAAACUUAAACCUGGUGGCUGGUGGAUUUGUGAGUCCCACAUGUCCCGUUAUGUACACGUGGAAUCACAUGUGGUUAACUGGGGGCAUCGGAGACUAUGAAGACAAGCGUAGCGCAUACACUGCAAGCGGGAAACCAAACAGCAAACGUUCACCGCAAACAUACUAGUAACUGAACGCAAGACAGUUCUUCUGGCUACAGUAUCUUUGUCGCAACUUUCUCCUGCACCAUAAUUUGCUCAUGAGCAACAUUAUCGGUUAUUCAGAAGCGAAUCUACUUGUCUCUAGACCAAAGGAUACUGUGCUGCAGAAUCGAUUGUUCGUCUUCACAUAAUUAUUGGAGACACAUCUAGGAGAGAAUGUUACUUUGGACAUUUGGAUUGCUUUGGUUGGCACGAUGUGUAGCAGCAGACGAGAUGGACUGCAGUCCGGACUGUGUGUGUUGUAAGGGUGGAGUGGAACGUUGUAAAACUCGUGUUAAUUUUGGCGACCACUAUUGUUUAGACGGCUGCGUUGAUGGGAUAUAUGGACAUAGGUGUCAUAAUUCCUGUCCACAAAAUUGUUCCACGUGUGAACAAGAAUAUGGCACAAAAUGUAUCAGUUGCAAGGACAAAUUUUAUGGUAAAGACAGUCAGUGUAGCACGAGAUGUUCAGACGGGUGUGAAGGGGAGGCCUGCAAUGAUGAUGGAACAUGUAGUACUUGUAAACAAGGAAGAUAUGGUUCAGAUUGUGCACAAUUUUGCAACAAUAAAAACUGUCAUUGCUCGAAUGGAGCUAAUUGUACGUCUUGUAAAAUGGGAUACUACGACAGAAGUACGUUCUGUAAAACACCUUGUUCCCCGGGAUGUCAAGAUGGCGUUUGUAACGACGAUGGUAGUUGCAAAUGUCGAACAAGAUCUACCGGAAACACAUGCAGUGAGUGUCAGUCAGGAUAUUAUGGAACCUACUGCAAUGUAUCCUGUUCGGUAGGAUGUGUAAAUGAAACGUGUUCAAAAGAUGGUACUUGUUCCUGUCGCACAAAUUUUGUUACAGCUAAAUGUGAUAUGUGUGCUGAUGGAAGAACUGGUGUGAACUGUGACCAUAUAAAUACAUCAAAAGAAGUCGGGUCACCUGUUGCAGCUAUAGUUGGAGGUGUAAUUGGUGUCAUUGUUGUUAUUAUUGGCAUCGUUGUCCUCUUUCGACGAAGAAGAUCCACUCGCAUGUCUGCCACUAUCCAAACGAAGCGAAAUAGUAAAACAACAUUCCAAUCUAGCGUUACCGAGGAACAGGAAACAAAGACAUCAGCAAGGGCACGGACACACUAUAAUGAGGGACAGAUCAAGAGAGAAUCAACAAAACCAAAUACAACUAGUACAAUGCCGCCACGAAACAAACAUGCGUCCGUCAAGCAUCAAGUACCUGCACACAUGGAAACAACAUCUGACAGAGAGAUUGACAUGGAAAUAGAUGCCAAGAUAAAUGGAGCUCUUCAUAACAAAGAUGAUCAUGUGUAUUAUAAUGGAGUUGGAUCAUCUUCUAAAUGGUCAAAAAUACCCAUUGAGCAACUCGUCAAUUAUGUUGAAGGAAAGAGUCAAGAGGUGUUUAGUGCAGAAUUCGAGAAUCUUCCGUGUGGUCUUGUGAAGCCGUAUUUGGAAUCACUGAAGAGGGAGAAUACGAGUAAGAACCGAUACAAAGGAAUUUAUCCCUAUGAUGAUGCAAGGGUCAAAGUCACAGGCUGUGAUGGAUCUGACUAUAUCAAUGCUAGCUUUAUAAACGGGUAUCAAAAGCCGAAAAAGUACAUCGCCACAUUGGGUCCCAUGUCGCAACAAUUAGGAGAUUUCAGCUUAUUCUGGAAAAUGAUUUGGCAACAGAGGGUUGAGAAGAUUGUCAUGGUUACCAAUCUUAUUGAACAGGGAACUCUAAAAUGCGAGCAAUACUGGCCAGACCUUGGAACAACUAUGACGUUUGGUGAUAUGAAGGUUCAAAGCCGUUUGGAUGAUGAGUAUGCUGAGUUUACACGGAGGGCUUUUACGUUGACUAUGGGGACCGAAGGAAGGACGUUGCACCAUCUACACUUCACGUGUUGGCCUGACAAAGCGAUACCCGACGAUGUAACUGCGCUGAUAGAGUUCAGACAGCGGGUUCUGAGUACGCCGAGCACACUGAAUGGACCAACUAUUGUUCAUUGCAGUGCCGGUGUCGGUAGAACAGGCACAUACAUUGCCUUGGACAUCUUGACAAAAGAAGGUGAGGCGGAAGGAGCCAUUGAUGUCGCGGGAUGUGUCCACAAAAUGCGCCAGAAUAGGCCAAAUAUGGUGCAGACAUUGGAGCAAUACCAUUUUUUGCACUCAGCUGUGGUGUAUUCAUUGACAUUCGACUGCCAACAAAUCAAAAGAGAGAACUUCAAUCAGUAUAUGAACGACCACUCUACUCAAGAACUUAAUAGUCAGUUCAAUAGAUUGCAGCAAACGAUUGGAAAACGAUGUAAAGACGAAACCGAUGCAGUUGAGCGAAAUAAGCAGCGCUUGACCAAAAACAGAGCUAACACCGAUAUACCAGGUGAUGAAAACAGACCACGUCUUUAUCUGGAUCUCAAACCAGGAGCUACGGACUACAUCAAUGCUACGUAUAUGCAUAGCUACAGAAUGAAGAAACGCUAUCUGGUAGCACAAACUCCACUACCAGAGACGGUUAUCGACUUUUUGACCCUAGCUGUCCAAGAGAGAUGUUCAUGUAUCGUCAGUUUUGAAGCUGACAUGGACAAACAAAGGAAUAUCGGCAUUUACUUCUCUGGUCCAAACCAAGAUGAUUUAAAAAAGGGAUCGUUUCAAGUCAGCUGUUCAAAAGAGGAAAAGAAAUCAUUCUACACAGAACGAACAUUGAGAAUACAGCACAAAGUGGCAGGGAAGUGCACUGAUCUAACCAUUCCACACCUUCAAUUUACUGACUGGGAUGAAAUGAAGAAUAUUCCAACAUCAACUUCAAACUUUCUGUCAUUUCUGAGUUUGAUAGAGAAUGUCACAAAACAACAAGAUGAUGGACCGAUAUUGGUCCAUUGCUUAAAUGGUGCAGGUAAAAGUGGUUUGUUCUGUGUGGUUUCGCUGCUUCUCCACAAGAUGGCCGAGGAACAUGAAGUCAGUUUACUUAACACUGUCAGGAAGGUAAAAUCCACGCGGAGGCUAGCGAUCCCAAGUCAGGAGCAAUUUAUAUACUGCCAUGGAUGCGUUUCGGAGUACCUUCGUUCGUUUAAUGUGUACGCCAACUUCAACGAGGCUACAGGAAAAAUUUAAUGUGUUGUUUAGUCGUAAAUCGUGUAUAUAUAUUUUGGUGCCGUGUUUUGCGCAAAGCAUACUAACAGAUAUGUAAUGAUAUGCCAUUAUUGUUACUUGUAAUAUAAUAUUAUAUAUCUUUAAGUCUAUAUGAAUUAAUGUCAUUUAAAAGGAGUAUCACUUUUAUCACCUUAUUUACAAAAUAUUCUUUACCCGAUAACAUUCAUAUUUAUUGAAUGUGUAUCUUUUAAAAGAGUGAAAAUUUUCAACAUGAUAUCUCUAAACUGUAUAUAUUUGUAUCAAAAGUAUCGUUGACGAUUAGUCUCGCGUAACAGAUGUAAACAUUACCUUUUUUGUAAGAACAACACUGCAGAUGUAUUUUAUCUUUAUACCUGGGAAACAAAAUGCUUAAAGUUUUAACACUUUAAGUUUAUGUUUUAACAUGUGAAUGCAUUGACUUCGAAUAAUUAUGUAAGAGUGUCAUUUUAAGGGUUAUAUAUUAAUACUGAUUCGUUGUUCCUUACGGGUUAUUUAUUAAUAAUAAGAGGUCUUAAAAUAUUUCUUAACCUCUUUUGCCACAAAGAUUGCCUAAAUACUUCUAUACAAACCAAAAGAGCAACACAAUAGCCAAAUCUUUAAAUAUAUUCGUAUGAAUUUACAACUUCAAUACCAAUUAUUCAUUGCCCUUUGAAAGAAAAUAAACAUGUUUUUUGUCAAUAUUCACGUCAGCAGCAAUUUUUAUGUUGAUAGGUGUUGAAUCAUGUCUUCGUUUCCGUAGUUUGCUUCUUGUUUAUCAUAUUUUGUAUGUUAUUCAGUGAAUGGUCAUAGUUCAUUUUUGACAUUAUGUUGUUGUAUAUACUUGUAGAUUGUUUCAGACAAUAUUGUUGUAUACGACGAAUUAGGAUUGUUUUCAAAUGCUAAAAUGUUGUAUACACAUGGGUAUCAAAGACUCUUGAUAAAAUUGGAAGUGAAUAAUCGAGUAUACAAACCUUAUAUCAACAUUGCAAGAUAUUAUUAAGACUAUAUUGGGGCUUUAUAAACAACGUUUGCAGUUAACAAUUUGUUAUUCUUCUUUCGCAGGAAGUUUGAUUGUGUGUUAUGAUUUGCUCAGAUAAUCAGGUAUUGAUAUUGUAUGAUACAUGUAAGAUACCAUGUUGGCAAUGCUCAUGCUGUAAAUACAUUGCGUAUAAUUGUUUUAUUUCUUUUAGUCUACCAUGAUUUUCUGAAAAACACAUUUUGCAGAUACUUAAUUCAAAUGUGAUACCCUGUUUUCUUUUAGAGUAACUGAGCUUGUAGUAAAGCAAAGUUCUAUUGUUCGUUUGUUCUUGUUAUGUUAGGCGGUGUUUUCAUCGUCACAGACAUUUCUUGAACGUGACUAUUAUUAAUUAGAGAAGUUUGUAAUAUUAAAUGCAUAUGUAUCUAUGUGUUCCUUAUUGCUGCUGUGAAAGGUUUUGUCAAAUUAUUUUGAAAGGUCAACUAACUUUAACAAUAGUUACAAUUCGGAAGUCGAGCUUUUAUAAGAUAGGAAGAACUACCUUUCUCAUGAGGUUACCUGCAGCUAAGUUGAGCAACAGUAAAGUUCUUUUUUUAAAUUAUAGCGCUAUAUACCUCUUGCGUUGUUUUUAUUCAGUAGAAUGAAUAUUUUGCUUUAGUCGAAACAACUUCAGGACUAGACUCUAGGUCCGUUUAACAUGGGUAGAAAAGUCCGUGGUAAUUCACGGUCGUGCCAGAUGAACAAAAGUUACAUGCAUUAACACAUCCGUCGAAAUUAACACCAUUAACAGCAUUUUAAACACAUGUUGGCGUUAUAAUGAUAAAUACAAACACGUGACUUAAACAACAUUGUACAUGUAAUACCCGUAAAGUAAUUGUUUGAAAACUAUCAGCUUGUUUUUGUAGAGUUCAUUGUAUAAGUACACGCAUUCAAGGUGCCACACACUAGCUUAUCUCCCUUUAAUUUUUCCUGAAAUAUAUCCUUAUUAGAAGAUUUGUUUUUGAUAACAAAAUUUUUGGGUUGAUUAAUGUUAGCAUUGAUCUACAAAUCAAUUGUAAAUAGACAAUAAAAACAGCUUAACAUCAUUUCGAAAAUACAUAUUUCCAUUUAUUUUUGAUGACCAUCUUAUCUUCGUAUUGAAGCACACUGAUAUAUACAAUUAUAUAUUACCAUAUUAACUAUCGGAUUUAACACAAUAAUUAUUAAACUGGCUUUUGGGGGGAUUUUUACAAAAACGAGUAAUUACUGAGUAGCUGAAAAUUGUUGUUUUAAAUAAGUUAUAUAUAUACAAUGUUUUUCGUACUAGGACUUAUCGCCAUAUUGAUUUCUUAAGAGAACUAUACACACUAUCUGGCCUUUGAGAUGUCAUUUUCCAACCCCGCAGACAAGCGUCUUUGAUCAAUAGCUUUAAAUAGUUUUUGAUUUUUUACAUAUUGCAUAAACAUAUAUGUAUUCUCCUUCUAAGUAUUACUUAUGAGUGAAUUAUUAUCCCUUAACUAUGCAGGUAUAUCGUUUGCCAGUAAACUUAAACCGGAAGUUGUUACACGCGUGCUUUGGUCCACAUAUCAGAAAACUACGAUAUUGCUCUAUUUAAUGUUCUAAAAAGAUAUUGUUUGAUUCCGAGAAAAAAACAAUAACUUUAAACUCAUACGGACUUUUCAAACAGCAUUGAAUCAAGUGAAACAAUUGUUUUAUAAAGAAAAUAUGAUUGAUACAAAAUGACUUUCUUUCUUAAAAAAAUCAUUCAUUUAAUUUGAUCCGUCUAUUUACUAAUGAAAAUCCCAUGAAUCACGAAAUAAGACGAUAUUUAGUUUUGACCUUCCCAAUUGAAAUAAAGAAGUUUAUUUAUUCACCUUGACAAGACUAUGAUAAGUUCUACUAGGACUUUUGAAAAACGAGUAUUAAGAAUACAGUGUACCAACUUUUGGAAAUUAAUUCUGCACAACAAUAAACGAGCGUUGCAAAAAAGAUAGUUGUUCUCAUCGUUAAAGUCCAGUCAUGAUUUCGACAAUAAUCGAAUAUAGAAUAAAAGCAAAAUGUUUAGAAAGAUGGCUGUGAAAAAAAAUACUGACUUCGCGAAAACAGUAUGCCUUUUGUAAAAAGUCUUGACGUCGAUUUCGUAAUCAGUCCAUGAUGAAUAUUAUAAUUGGCAAAUAUAGAAUUACACAGAAUAGUAAGAACUCACAAGCCCU